AUUGAUAAUAAAAUAUAAUAAUCAUUAUGUUCAUGUUUUUUAAUAGACAUGUAAAGCUAUGGAAAUUAAAGAAUUUAUUGGUUUUCUUUCAAGCGAAGAAAGAGAAAUUUUCAGAUCCAUAUAUGAAAAAGAUAAAAAGAAUUACUCUAGGAGCGCUGAUUGAUUACUUUAUAUGCAAGUGGAAUAAAAAAGUAGAAAAUCUUAAAUUCAUGUAUUUGGUUUCUAACUUACUUCCAUAUCUCGUCAAAAAGUCCUAUAAGAUUCAGAUGGACGAACUUAUCCCAAAGCUCAACUACGUUGAGAUCCCAGAAGUUGAAUUUAAAUCUCGUAAAUUUUCUCCAGCUAAUUCAACUCAUAAACUCUCUUCAACUAUUUUAACUCAUAAUAAAUUUUCAUCAACUCGGGAAAUCUUUGGGGUUAUGAAUUUCCUACUCUCAAUUACAAACAUUCCAUGCACCCUGUAUACUUGGCAUUGAGAAAUGCACGUAAUCUAGUCUUCUUUCACACCUGAGUGUUUCCCUAAGCUCUAACAAAAAAGUCAACUUUCCGCUUUAAUAAGGAUCAUAAAUAAUAAACAACUUUCUUCCCAAAAAACCAGAUUUCACUACUUGAAAGAUAUCUCUUUCGUGUAUAGGAAGCAUCAGCGAACCUUGAUGUGGGUGUAAUGGCCCUUCUGUUGUUAUAAUAUGAUCCUCAUGUUUUCUUUUAUCAGCAGAAACGGGUUGCUCUACGAUAACGCGAA